AUGCACCGACAACUCGUGGACGCUCUCCCCUCAACCAACAUUUCACUGCCCUCGCCCACAGUAAUCAAAACAGCGCACAAUCUGCGCCUCCCUUCGUUUGAUGUACUCGGCAUUGCCGCACCCCACCCGGACCGCAUUCCCUACCAAUUCAGUCACUCGUUUUCACCCACAGCAUUAGGUGCUGGCCCGCUCUCAAAGCCUGAGGAUCCUCUUCAUGCACUUAGCCCGCCACUGGAGCAUCCUCCACAGGCUGACACGGCCGCCGAAUCGCUUGUAUCUAGUCCCAAAGCCGCCAGAGCGCAAGUGGACCGCAUCAUCUCGACCUUCACCCCUCCAUCGGAGCCGGGGACGUUCCAUUGGGGCCCCCUCCUGACCGUGAGGCCGGCUGAAAUAGGCUCUCCACCCAGUUCUGAUCCCGGCGCGUCGCCAAAUCUUACCCUCACUGCUAGUGCGGCUGCACCAGGUCAAGCGCCGAUCAUUGUGCCCACGCCUGCUGAAUUUGGUGACGCCAUGAGCAUCUCGGUGUGGGUUGAAGAGGCCAAGAAUACCAUCAGUAUGUGCAUGGACAAUCGAAUUCACUUCUCCGAUGCGUGGUUGAUUGCCGCUAUUCACGACAGGACCACGACAAGCACCGCAUGGAUCAACGUGUUUCAUGCUCUGCCCGGCCGAUAUACCCUUUCGGAUCUUCCAAAGUCACCACCUUCAACGCCUGGACCUGCUGUCGGAGGUGAUGAAUACUUCACAAGCAAAAUUUUUGACAGCGCUGUUGCGAUUCCCGACUACCAACUGGACUCGAAACUUCUCCCGCCAUCUCCAAGACCUGUCGUACCACCUGGUAGCAUUAAUGUCUCUGUGGUGGAGCGUUACAUCCCACCUACCAACACCAACGAGUAUGCCGAGAUGUUCACGUUCAGAGGCCGCUCCUUGCUGUACGAUCGACUUAGUGAGUUGUCCAUUGACAACGGUGUCUUGUUUUUCAUCUACCCUACCAAGACUGGUGCCAGGACGUUCAUGCAAAAGUACCUCGGUCCUAUCAUAGAACCGCUUCUCCGGAGUGUGACAGUUGUGCACGAUCUUCACUCAGAACUGGGCAGGAGCAUUGGUCAAAUGACUGCAGUCAAUUAUCUUGACGAAUAUGAUAAGCUGGAAGAGCACGUCAGGUCUUUCUGCGCCAAGGUCGCUGACCAUACGAACAAUCAGAAGAGCAGUUCUGACGAGAGAUGCUCCUACGAGGUUAUUCAUGCAUCGAGAGAAGAGUUUGCACCAAGCAGAGCGGCUUGGGCAGAUGACUGGUGGAUCAAACAGGAAAAGCCCCGCAUACGAGACGCCAUCACAAAGUACUUCCGCAAGUCGAAGAAACUCCCUACUGGUGAGCUCACGGGGCCGCACCUUCUCCAAGAGCUCCUAGAAGGUGUUUCAACACGGGAAUACGACGACGGUGCGCCGAUCGAGGGAUUGGAGGUUGGCGUUUUCAUUGUCCAGAAAACUCAUUCCGCAUCUGCUGCAGCACCAAUGUCCAGCAAGAAUUUGAUGAUCAGUCGCUAA